UUCCAUCUCCCCCCUCCCCAUCCCCCUUUUUAUACCCACCCUUUUUGCCCGUAUCCCCAAAUUCUCUCACAAAUAUUGAGUCUUUUUUCAUUCUCUCCCUUCCAUGAUACUUAACCAUGUCCAAAAUGAAGCAUUUACUCAGGAAACUUCAUAUCGGCGGUGGUGUGGCCGAUAAUCCUCCUCACCUUGCCCCUCAUCACACCUCUCCUACUCAUCAACCACCUCCUGUACUUGAUCCGAAUCAGCAAACUAACCGGUUUGAACAAUCUGGGUCAACUUCAUCUUUGUCUCCUCAAACGACGCCGGCAUCAGCAGCAUUGCCCAGAGUCCCUGAGAUGAAUUCGGCUUCGGCUUCUGAUUCUGCUGAUUUUAAUUACUUUGAGGAGGAGUUUCAGGUUCAAUUGGCUUUGGCGAUCAGUGUUUCUGACCCAGAUUCCCGUGAAGAUCCGGAAACGGCCCAGAUCAAAGCAGCCCAAGAGAUAAGUUUAGGAUGUUCGCCUUUGGAAAAUCCUGUGGAGUUCCUUUCACUUCGUUAUUGGAACUAUAAUGUCGUAAAUUAUGAUGAGAAAGUGAUGGAUGGAUUCUAUGAUGUUUAUGGAAUUAAUUCCAGUGCGGCGAUUCAGGGAAAGAUGCCUUUGGUAGUGGAUCUAAAAGCAGUUUCGGUUUUGGAUAAUGUUGCUUAUGAAGUUAUCUUAGUAAACCGUGCAGCUGAUAUGGAACUGCGGCAGCUUGAGGAGAGAGUGUACUUCAUGUCCCGGGAAUGCCGAGCUUUAAAGAAGGUCCCGGUUACAAGCUUUUUAGUUGAGAAAAUCGCUGACCUUGUUGUUAAUAGGAUGGGAGGUCCUGUUAAUGAUGCAGAAGAAAUGUCAAAGAGGUGGACUGCAAGGAGUUACGAGCUAAGAAUUUCAUUAAACUCUAUCAUUCUUCCCCUUGGCUGUCUUGAUAUUGGACAUUCUCGACAUAGGGCCUUACUCUUUAAGGUACUUGCUGAUAGAAUCAACCUACCAUGCAAGCUAGUUAAGGGAAGUUACUACACUGGCACUGAUGACGGAGCAGUUAAUUUGAUCAAAUUUGACAAUGGAAGUGAAUAUAUUAUUGAUUUAAUGGGUGCACCAGGUGCCCUGAUUCCUACUGAGGCACCAAGUGGUCAAUUACAAAGUUAUGCAGUAGAUGUGCACAGUGUAACACCUCUUCCUUCUGGCGGUACUGUCAUUUCAUUUCCUGUUUUUGACACACAAACUGGGACAGGAUCAGGUUCAGUUACUGCUGCUCAUGGAACUGCCAAUACAUGGAUUUCAAGGGAAGAACCAGCUUUCUACCACAAUGAAGCAAAGGGGAAUUGUGGAAAUAGUUCAGGUAGAACUGGAAGCACCCAGUUUGAGCAUGACUCUGGAAAUCUCCUUCCAUUGUCGGCUAGAUUAUGUGAUGCUUCAGCAGUUUCCCAUGAUAACGCAUCCAUUGCACAAAUAACGCAAGCUAGAGAAGCUUACGAGAAUGUGAACAGUCUUGCAGAAAACUCAGAAGUUAAACUCCUAGCUGUUUCUCCAGAGAGUCAAAUGUAUUUGCAAUCAGAUCUGGUUUUAGGAGUUGUUGCUGGAAAAAAUCAAUUAUCAGAGGAAAGGGCUGUUGAUACUAGACAAAGUUCAGAAAUUAACAAGCAGUCUCUUGUAGCCUACACCGGGAUGCAGUUCCCUUACAGUAUAUCCUAUAAAAGUGAACAGGAGUAUACUGUUGCUGCACCGAGAGACAAUACAUUAUAUGAUACUUCAGGUGAUAAAUUCUUUAGGGAGAAGUUUGGAAAUAUUUCAGAUAACGAUUGUACUUACAAAGACAAAGAAUCAGCUUCAAAAGCAAGGGAAAUAGUUACUUGCAUACAGUCUAAGUCUUAUGCGGUGCAGAAAGAACAGCUUGAUCCAAUGCUACGUGGAGUGGCAGAGUGGGAAAUUCCAUGGGAAAAUCUCCAUGUUGGUGAACGUAUUGGUAUUGGGUCAUAUGGCGAGGUAUACCGUGCAGAAUGGAAUGGCACAGAAGUUGCUGUGAAGAAAUUCAUGAAUCAGGAUAUAACAAAUGAUGCCCUUGAACAGUUUAAAUGUGAAAUUGAAAUUAUGUUGAGGCUGAGACAUCCUAAUGUUGUUCUAUUCAUGGGAGCUGUAACUCGUCCCCCAAAUCUCUCUAUAUUGACCGAGUUCCUUCCCAGGGGAGGUUUAUAUAAGCUACUGCAUCGUCCAAACAUCCUUAUUGAGGAGAAAAAGCGUAUGCGGAUGGCACUUGAUGUGGCCAAAGGAAUGAAUUACUUGCACACAAGCAACCCUAUCAUUGUGCAUCGAGAUUUGAAGACUCCGAAUCUUCUGGUUGAUAAAAAUUGGGUUGUUAAGGUUUGUGAUUUUGGGAUGUCUCGCAUGAAGCACCACACAUUUCUCUCUUCAAAGUCAACUGCUGGAACGGCUGAAUGGAUGGCACCAGAAGUUUUAAGGAAUGAACCAUCCAAUGAAAAAUCUGAUGUGUACAGUUUUGGUGUAAUACUCUGGGAGUUAACUACUCUCCAAGUGCCAUGGACAGGGAUGAACUCAAUGCAAGUUGUUGGAGCUGUUGGUUUUCAGGGUAGACGCCUUGAUAUUCCUCCAAGUGUUGAUCCCAUAGUUGCAGAGAUUAUAAGCGAAUGUUGGAAUCAAGAUCCCCAAGUGCGCCCCUCUUUUGCGCAGAUUAUAAGUCGUCUUAAACGUCUUCAGCGUCUUAAUAUCCAGGGAUUUGAAACUUGUACAAAUCAGCAUUAAGGUUGACAGGUUAGGCAUUGUUGUAAUAAUAACAGAAGCUUGUUGCUGGGCUCAAAGUGCCAGAGCAACUGAGAAUUGAUUGCAAAGUCUUGUAGAUGCAAAGAAGCACUCGAGAAAACCCUGGAUUGGAAGCAGUUGGUUCAUUCGAAGUGGGGACUCAACGCAACCAAUUCAGAAACAAGCAGAUAUCUCCAAGUCAAUGGCUGCACGAAGUGCAGUAGUUGAAAAUUAGGUCAUAGUGAUCGUUGUGUUCAGUCUUGAGUUAUGUAAAAGGAAAAAAGAAAAAAAAAAUCCUUUUUAGUUUUAGUUAGUUUUAGGCUGAUGAAUGCACAGCACCAUUGAGAUAUGUAAUGAGUUCCAAAAAGGAGCAGCAGAAGAAAAAUCUCAAUUCUGUGAAGGUCGUCGAAGGAAGCAAUUGUAAACAGUCGGUCUCUGCAGGUUGUACCAACAGAAGAAUAAAUGGAAAUGAGGAAAAUUUCCUACAUUACCAUCUUCAUUCUCUUUGUUGUGCUUAUAUAUAUAGUGAAGUGAAGACAUUUUUGUGUAUAGUAAUACAUACGGUGUACAGUAAGUACAGUGCUAAACUUAUUUGCUAGACGUAGAACCACCAACUUGAGUAAGGAGCCUUAUGCCUGCUGAUUCAACUCAUUGCUAAGGUUAUUAAAAUCUCCCUACCACUUUUGCAGGUGAACUGUUCUGUUUUGGCUUUGGUUAAAUGCUUUUGUGAAUAAGUCAUCUAUCUGUCUUCUCUUACAUUUGUGACAACUAGCUAUGACAGACAGAUCAAGGAAUUAUAAAUGAUAAAUUGCAAGAA